ACUGCUCAGAAGAAAUGCAUGAACCUGUACAGGGUUGACGAAGUGAAACUCUCAACUUCUACAAUGUAUUCUCAUAGUCAGUAGAUGAGCGGGAGUACUGGCCAAACGUCCACCGGACAGGAAAAACAUACAGUGCACUGGUUCCGGAAGGGGUUGAGACUACAUGACAAUCCAUCUUUGAGGGAAGGACUUACUGGAGCCAAAACUUUUCGGUGUGUGUUUGUUCUAGAUCCUUGGUUUGCGGGAUCUUCAAGUGUUGGUGUCAACAAGUGGAGAUUCCUGCUCCAGUGUUUGGAAGAUUUAGAUCGCAGUUUGAGAAAACUCAACUCACGAUUAUUCGUAAUCAGAGGACAACCAGCAGAUGCCCUUCCAAAACUCUUCAAAGAGUGGGGAACUACAGUCCUUACUUUUGAAGAAGACCCGGAACCAUUUGGGAAAGUGAGAGAUCAUAAUAUUACAGCGUUAUGCAGAGAAUUGGGGAUAACUGAAUUUUUUUAUUUUUCAAUCACACAUGUUGUUUCAGGACUGAACCCACCAGUAUGGCAAGGUGGUGAAAGCGAAGCCCUAACCCGCUUGGAGAGACACCUUGAACGGAAGGCAUGGGUAGCUUCAUUUGGUCGUCCAAAAAUGACGCCUCAAUCAUUACUGCCAUCUCAAACAGGCCUGUCUCCAUAUCUGAGGUUUGGCUGUAUAUCUACAAGACUGUUUUAUUACCAACUGACUGAUCUCUAUAAGAAAAUCAAGAAGGCGUUCCCUCCGCUGUCCCUGCACGGGCAACUUCUAUGGCGGGAGUUCUUUUAUUGCGCUGCUACCAAAAACCCUAACUUUGAUAAGAUGCAUGGAAAUCCUAUUUGCGUGCAGAUACCAUGGGACAAGAAUGUUGAAGCUUUAGCGAAAUGGGCGAAUGGCCAGACUGGAUUUCCUUGGAUAGAUGCCAUAAUGACCCAACUAAGGCAAGAAGGAUGGAUCCAUCACCUCGCCAGACAUGCUGUAGCUUGUUUUCUCACACGUGGCGAUCUUUGGAUUUCCUGGGAAGAAGGAAUGAAGGUUUUUGAGGAGCUGUUACUGGACGCUGAUUGGUCAGUUAAUGCUGGAAUGUGGAUGUGGCUGUCUUGUUCCAGUUUUUUCCAACAGUUUUUUCAUUGCUACUGUCCAGUGAAAUUUGGUAGAAAAGCUGAUCCAAAUGGAGAUUAUAUAAGGAAAUACCUCCCAAUUCUGAAUAAUAUGCCUCUCCAAUACAUCCAUGAACCAUGGUUAGCCCCUGAUAGUGUUCAACAAGCAGCCAAAUGCAUCGUUGGGAAAAGUUAUCCCCUUCCAAUGGUUAAUCACACAAAUGCAAGUCGAAUCAAUAUACAAAGAAUGAAACAAGUCUAUCAACAACUGGCAAACUACAAAGUGAUGGAGACCGCUAGAUAUCCUGUCAACACAGGUUAUAGUGAAACUUUUCAGAGACAACCAAGUGCUGUUACAGUUGGUAACCCCGAUAAUGGUCAGGCAGCAUAAAUAUUUAAGUUAUGUUUCAUUUUGAAUUGUGAUAGUUCUUUGUGUCAUUAAAAAAAAACGAAUUCACUGUCA